AUGUCGCUUAAUCCAGAAUUAGCGGAUCUAGUUAAAUCGUUAGCAGCCAACCUGACCGCAAGCGUAACAGAUCAUGAAAUUGAUGAAGCUCUGAUAUCUACGCCUCUAAAUGCACGUUCAGCCAACUCGUCUUUUGAUUUUCCUUGCGAUGAACCUCAACUGGACAAUUCUUUACUUUGUCAACAAGCAUCUACCUCUCCAGAUGGCGAUAUCGCCGGUGGUUGUUUGCAGCACGAACUAUGGGAGGUGCUGGAGCAGAACUAUCCUAAUAUACAAGUCCGAGAGUUGGAUGCAGAAAGGAUACGGGAAUUGCUCGAGCCGCUUAGGGAUCAACUUAUGAAGCGUGGCAUAUUUCAUCAGCCAUCUGAUGGCUUGAAAAUAGGAAAGGAGGCUUUGCAUUCUGGCUUCCUUGGUCCUGGUCACAGACCCCAUCCGCAAAUUCCUUCUAAUGGUGGAUUCUCCCGCAUAGGAAUCCCCGGACCUGGACCUGCCCUGGGACACUUAAAUCCAAUGGGUCCAAGGGCCUCCCAUCCGCUCCCACAUUCUCAUCCCCAAAGGCCACCACACCCAGUCGAAGUUUUUCCUGACGAAUCUGACCUCUACCCCUCUCCCCCUCUUCAUCCUCCUGGACCUCAUCACGUGUUUCCACCUCAGCGACCCUCCAACGGCCGGCCUCCGUUCCCACACUCUGGUAGCUAUCCUCCCCAGAGCGGCUAUUGCCGUCCCCCUAGGCCUCCUCUGCCCCCUUCGGGUCCCCUUCACAUGGGAUAUCCUCCGCAUAAUGGCCCUCCACACCGACCCCCAGGACCACCACUUCCCCGCCGCCCUGGUCCCCCCGGUGGCGGUGUGGUCUGCCGCUUCUUUCAGCAAGGAAAAUGUAGAAACGGCCCAAAUUGCGGCUUUCUGCACCGACCACAGGACACGCCUGACUGGUCCUGA